AUGGAUGAUGAUAAUAACGUUGUUAUUUAUGAUUCUGACAACGAAACUAUACAAUAUAGUGAAAAAGCGGAUGCUCGAAAAAGUGUACAGGUACCAGAUCGAACAAGUGAUGGUGGUACGGGCGGUGGCAUUUAUUUGUCAUUGCCAUCGAAUCCUAAUCUAGCGACACAAAAGUUAUAUGCUAAUCUAAUACAAAUCAAAGAUAAAAUAAAUGAAGAUGAAACAAACAUGAUAUUUGUUGCUCAUCGUUAUGCCCAAACAGGAAGUAUACCAUGGAAAAUAAUGUCAAAACGUGCAAAAUUUGUUUACAUUUCAGCUAUUAUUAUUCGUAUUUUGGGGUUUUUACUUUCAUUAUACAUAUUUAUUGUUACACUUGAUCUAAUGACAUCCUCAUUUACAUUGUUAAGUCGAUCAGUAUUUGGAAAAGCAUUUAAAAGUCAAUUUUUAUUACAAAAUCCGAUAGCAUCGGUAAUGUUCAGUUUGAUUAUUACGACAAUAUUACAAAGUUCAAGUACUGUGACAUCAAUUAUUGUUUCCAUGGUAGGAAGUGGAGUUAUUAACGAUGUAAGAGUGGUGAUACCAAUGAUUAUGGGUGCAAACAUCGGUACGUCGAUUACGAAUACGUUAGUCUCAUUCAGUCAAGUUGCGAGUCGCGAUGAAUUUUCUCGUAGUUUCUCAUCUGGUAUAUUAAUGGAUGUAUUUAAUUAUUUAACAACAUUAAUUUUGUUACCGUUAGAAGUUAUUAUCGAUCGAUUAACACCCAACAUAGAUAUGUUUCAUCACGGUGGAUAUUUGGCUCGUGUAUCUGGCGCUAUUGCUUCAUUAAUACAAGUACGAAAAGGUACCGAUGUUCAAUUAUUAAAAGCAAUUACAAAACCAUUAACUCAAGCAAUAAUUCAAGUAGAUGAAUAUGCAAUAACAUCAAAUAAUACAAAUAUUACAGUUGGAAAAAUAAUGUGUGGUCAAGGUAUUAAAUGUAAAUAUUUAUUUCGUAGUUUAAUUGAGAAAACAGGCGAUAAUAUAGCGGGUACAAUAUUAUUUAUUUGUUCAUUAUUAUUACUUGUUUUUAUUUUACUUUUAAUGGUUAAACUAUUACGAUCAAUGAUUAUUGGUGUAAUAGAUGAUGCAUUAAAAAAAAUUUUACAUAUUCAACACAAAGGAUGGAGAGGAUAUUUGUUAGGAUAUUUAUUUAUUGUAGUAGGAAUAAUUGGUACUAUGAUGGUACAAUCGAGUAGUGUAUUUUGUUCAAUAUUAACUCCAUUAGUUGGACUCAAAGUAUUAGCAUUAGAAAGAAAUUAUGAAUUAACUAUUGGAGCUAACAUUGGUACAACAGUAACCGCUUUAUUAGCUUCAUUAACACAAGCUGGAAAAUUUUUUCGUCAAUCUGUUCAAAUUGCUCUAUGUCAUUUUUUAUUUAAUUUUUCCGGCAUGUUACUCUGGUAUUGUAUACCAUAUCUAAGACGUAUUCCAUUAACAGCAUCAAGAAUUAUUGGAAAAACAGUAGCUAAACAUCGUUGGUUUGCUAUUUUUUAUGUUCUUCUAAUAUUUUUAUUGUUUCCAUUGUUGCUAUUGGCACUAGCAUUAAUACAUUGGAUUGCUGCUGUUGUUUUCAUAUUUAUUAUUCUUCUACUAUUUAUUACUGUCAUUAUUAUCAAUCAUAUGCAAAAAUCAAAAUCAAAGAAACUUCCAAUAAUUUUACAAACGUGGACAUUUUUACCAGAAUCUAUGCAUUCACUGAAUAUCUGGGAUAAACGUUUAGAAAAACUAACAGAUCGUCUAUGUUGUCAAUGUUGUAUAAAAUGUUUAUAUCCUCCUAGUGUUGAGGAAGACACAGAACUAUUAAAGAAUCAGUAUUUAUCCUAUAAAGAAUCAUAUAUUUCAGCAUUAGAUCAUCGGUUUUUAACUCAUACUCAUCAAUUAAACAAUGUGUUUGAACAACAUCAUGCACCAAUUCUACAUGUACAUGAUUCAUUGUAUCCAGUGACAAGUUAUGUACAAGAUUUGUAUCGAAGUUUAACGGGAAAAGCAAUAAGUGAUCGACGAACAUUAAAGCAAUUAAAUUUUCAACCAUUACCAUCACCAAUAUCGGUCAUCUCACCUACAACAGAUGAUAUUGAUGAACCCGUCGAUACGGUAGUCUAUUUUGAUAGGAAAAGAAAUAGAAAACACAUUCAACUACCAGAUGAUGAUAAGAAUAGAAAAUUUAUCACACCCAAAUCUUCGACAAAUAAACUAUAA